CGCUGAUGGCCCCUUGGCUUUCUCUGCAGUGACAUCGUCUUUAAACCCCACGUGGCAAUCCCUGAAGCACCUUCGAGAUGCCCAGGGAAGACAGGGCUACCUGGAAAUCCAAUUAUUUCCUCAAGAUCAUCCAACUUCUGGAUGAUUAUCCAAAAUGCUUCAUUGUGGGAGCAGACAAUGUGGGCUCCAAGCAGAUGCAGCAGAUCCGAAUGUCCCUCCGUGGGAAGGCUGUAGUGUUGAUGGGAAAAAAUACCAUGAUGCGCAAAGCCAUUCGUGGGCAUCUGGAGAACAACCCUGCCUUGGAGAAAUUGCUGCCUCAUAUUCGGGGCAACGUGGGCUUUGUGUUCACCAAGGAAGAUCUGACUGAGAUCAGGGAUAUGCUUCUGGCCAAUAAAGUGCCAGCUGCUGCCCGUGCCGGUGCCAUUGCCCCAUGUGACGUCACUGUGCCCGCCCAGAACACUGGGCUGGGUCCUGAGAAGACUUCUUUCUUCCAAGCACUGGGUAUCACCACCAAGAUUUCCAGGGGCACCAUUGAAAUCUUGAGUGACGUGCAGCUGAUUAAGACUGGAGACAAAGUGGGUGCCAGCGAGGCCACCUUGUUGAACAUGCUGAACAUCUCUCCGUUCUCCUUCGGGCUGAUCAUUCAGCAGGUCUUUGACAAUGGCAGCAUCUACAACCCUGAAGUGCUGGACAUUACAGAGGAGACUUUGCACCUUCGAUUCUUAGAGGGUGUCCGUAAUGUGGCCAGUGUUUGUCUGCAGAUUGGCUACCCAACUGUCGCGUCAGUACCCCACUCAAUCAUUAAUGGGUACAAGCGAGUCUUGGCUGUAGCUGUGGAGACUGAGUAUACCUUCCCACUUGCUGAAAAGGUGAAGGCCUUCUUGGCCGACCCCUCAGCAUUUGCUGUGGCUGCCCCUGCAGCCGCUGCUCCGGCGGCCGCCGCACCUGCUGCUGCUGCCCCAGCCAAGGUGGAAGCCAAAGAGGAAUCGGAGGAGUCUGAUGAAGAUAUGGGAUUUGGUCUGUUUGAUUAGUCCACAGGAGAUAACUAUUUCGUUUGGGAUUUUUGUGGAACAAAGAAAUAAAAGUGCUCAUUUAUUUCUG